AUGGGAAAAUAUACCUUGUUAUUGAAUGCAUGGAUAAGGAUAGCUGCAAGGUUCCAUUCCCAUUGCCCACAAACUGCACGCUUGUACUACCAUCCUCCUCCUCACUCUGAUGACCGCCACCUCUUCGACCGCGGCUCCACCGAUGUGACCACUGAUCUGAGCCAGACGGGUCAGGUUCUGGAAUUGGCCGGAAAAGCUGCACGUGAUAACAAGAAGAACAGGAUCAUCCCCAGGCAUGUGCUGCUCGCUAUGAGGAACGAUGAAGAAUUGGGGAAGCUUCUCGCCGGCGUCACCAUUGCUCACGGUGGAUUCUUACCAAACAUCAACCCAGUUUUGCUGCCAAAGAAGACUGAAAUGGCCGCCAAAGAACCCAAGUCUCCAUCGAAGACAACCAAGUCUCCAAAGAAAGCUUAG